AUGGUCCUCACUACUCGUCUGCUGGCUUUCAGCCGUGGCUAUGCCACCACCCGCGCAGGCGGUUCUCGUCUCAAGCCUACGCUAAAUCUCGACCAGUUCAUUCAAAGAGGUCGAGUCUUGGCAUUCUACCGUACUAUUCUGCGCGGUACGAAAAAGAUUCCUGACCCUACAACAAGAGCCGAGUCUCGAAGAUACGCCCGUGAUGAAUUCGAGAGACGUCGCAAUGUGGCAGACUCCGCACACGUUCGAUAUCUCCUCUCAGUUGGCAAGACGGAAUGGGAAGGCAUGGAGAGGUAUAUCGAUGGUAUGUAG